CCAACAACAACAACCACCCUGCAGACAUUCCCGAUGGACGCCUUCCAAAAUCGCUCACUCCCCUCCAAUUCACCCACUUUGGUCCAAUACGCUCUCGGCUUUUUGCAUAUUGCCCAUGUCCGUUCCGUCUUGGACUGUGUAUUCGAAGGAGAGGGGCGUGUCUUGCAGGUUAUGUUCAGUGCCUAUUCAACAUGAAAAGCCCAUAUCAUUUACUGCCUUCUGCCCUCUCGAGAGCCCACAACUCGGCGUCUCAGCAGGUGUUAUCUUGGACGGAACCGCAUCUCCUUCAGGCCUUUCCCUUGUUUCCCCUUCAGUUGCUUGCUCAGGGUCUCGUCAUGCGAGUUUGCAGCUCGACUCCUCCGAGAACCCCUCCAUGAGUCCACCUCCUCCACUUGUUGCAUCCAUCCCCACUCGACUCGUUCUGUUACUCGCUGGCUGAUGCGCGACAUUAAAGAGAUGCUGGACUGCAUAGUCAGAAGCGACUGAUAAGCUGCGGUUGCCGCUCAGUUGUCCACCCUCUGAGCCCUUCCGGUUUCUACCUCUUGUUUCCCGUACCGAUCUAUUCUUCAAAGGUCUACCGGAACUGGGAGAUUCUGCUGUGACUCAAAACUCCAGCUCCAGCUCCAGCUUACUUACUGACAUCAGGCUGCACGCCAUUCCUUCAGGCAGUCCUGCAACUCCUGCAGCCAAGCAGUUUUCCUGCCCUUCUUGUUGCUGGUAUUCGGUUGUCAUCAUCGCGUAUCCUGCGGGCAGAUGCUAGGCUUCCUGUUGUACCACCACCUCGACCAACCCGCCUUCAACAACUGCCUCUGACUCCUAGUUCACCAGCAGCACCACCACAAGAGGCGCACGAGAUACCCCUUCAACAUACCUUAUGCAACUCUGAAGCAACAAUCCUAGUUUUGGCGGCAGAAUCUCACCUGCCUACCCCGACCUACAUACGCCACAGGCAUCAAAUCCCUACAGGACACUGGUCAACCUCCCCCAGACACAGGAAGCCGGUAUAGCACUAAAGCAAAGACGAGACAGUCGUCUCAGCGGAAUCUCUCGAGUACUUGCAUCUACAACAGUCAAUCCAAUUCUAUCUCGAUCUACGCCAACGCACCCCAAGGAACCCAACGAGAGCCCGGAUCUUCGUCCUCGUGCAACCAAGCUGCAGCUCCCUUAUCCAGCCUCCAUCCCGAAUCAAGAGCUGAGCCGCAUUUUUUUGGUUAGCCAGCCAACUUGUCGGUUUUGCGGUUCCACUGUACUGUACUCUUGCUUAUUUCUACAAAAGCCCCCAACCCACCAUCUCCCCAGUUGUCGGUACCGCUUUACUUCAGUUCGUUACUCAGUUCGUUACGUUCUGAACAACUACCGAGGCCUCGAGUUUUGGAGGCGAAAGAACUCAUAGUUCUUUACAUCAAACACUUCCUUUUUUCUAGUGGUGCAAAAAAUAUUUAUGCAUUCUUUGCACGUUUGACCUUUGACGUUUCGCAUAUUGAUUACUGCGGUAUCAUAUAUCCACAUCAGUUUUCACACUUGGAGUGGGUAUCAACUACAUACCUAUCUUAACCUCCUCCUCGUUGAACAUAUUUAUUUCAAAAUCUGCAAUCGAUUCGUGGUAUUUAGACGUGUUGCUUGCAUGCGCAAAAUGCUACUAUGUAUCAAACAAGCAGACCAGGAUGGAGCGCGUGGUCUAGUUGGAUAUGGAAUCCAGACUACCAGCAAUAUUAUCGCCAAAGAGUAGACGCUGCCGGCAACUCGGAUAUUCAAUGGCAGAGCGAAUUUGAGUCUGCUCAGAAUAGAGAGGUCCCCCGAACUCCUGUGCAAGUCCCUGCACAAGUUCAACAGAUGGACCAGGUGGACCAGGUGGACCAGAUGACCCAGCAGUUUGGUUCAGUCAACAUACAGAGCCCUGAACAAGCGGCUGGAGACGAGCACGACAAUAAUGAAUAUGUCACGGGCGGCUCAUCGUCGAGAGUAAAAUCCAAAUCAUCGAGGUCGCAUAGCAGUUCAUCAAAGUCGAAAUCGAAACCGUCCAAGUCCUCUAGUGGGAAAGGCAAGGCACCCGCUCAGGAAUCCAUUGACGAGGUUGAUGAACACGGUUAUGAAAACCGUCAUAGCCAACGGAGACCAUCUGCAUCUACAACCACUCAGCAAACAGAACAAACCUAUUAUGACCCGAAUACUGGCCAGUAUUACAUAUUAACACAACCUACUCAAGGAGAUCCUGCAUCCAACCAGCCCUAUCCAAGCGGCUCAGCCGAGGGGGAAGACCCAGAGCUUCAGGCAGCCCUUGCUCAAAGUCGACAGUAUUCGCGAGAUCAAUACCGAGGUGGCGAGUCGUCAUCGGCUGCAUACACCCCCUAUGCUCAAGACGAGGAAGAGGAUCCUGGGCCAGCCGUGGCCUCCACCAACCAAGAGCACAUUGUAGGCACUGGUGGUGAAACAGAGACUCUGGAUCCACGGUAUCGUGUUGCACAGUCUCAUAUGUUCCAACCCGGCGAGGUCUUCAAAGUCCUCUGGCCAGAACCAGCAGGAGGAGGUAGUGUAGUUGAAGAAACGGUCUAUCGCGAUCGAUACGGCGGCCAAAUAUUUGUUCAUUUCCGUCGGUUCAUCGUGGUCGCAAACGAUCGUGGCCACUGCACUUGCAUACCUAUCUCUACGUAUGGUAAAAAGGGCUGUAAAAAGAGUGGCGUCAAGGCUGAGCAACACGGAAUUGUUGUUGAAAGCAGCAAUCGAAACCCCACUGCCCUACCUGGCGAGCCAGAGCUUGGAUAUCCUCCUGUUCGUGUGCACAUCCACGAGCCGGAUGAGCGAAUCGCAAAAGAGUCUCGAGUUAAUUACUCAAAACUCACGACGGUGGAACAUAACGUCAAAGUGCUCUUCAUCGGUCGAGUGGUGACCUCAGAUUGGGAUACUGUCACCGAAGCGGUCAACACUAGCUGGGCGAAGAAGACGCAUGUAAAGAAGAAGCAUCGCAGAUCAUGAUCCUGCGAACAGCUCUAACAUUCACGUUUCAAGGUGCCUGUGUGAGCAGGUCCCUACAUCGGGUGUCAUGUCAUCAAUGACACCUGCAUAUAUACGUUCCUCAGGAGCAGCCAGUUUCUCUGGCAUGCACCUGCGAAACUUGUCUCGGCAGCUUCGCAAUCUCGAGACAGAUACGGCAUGGGUUAUGCUCGGCGUUCCAAACAUGCUGCCUGAAGUAUCAUGGUAGCUUCUUGAUUGGAAGCCGAACACCCUCGCAAGUGGCGCGCAGUUCACCAAUGUGCGUUUACACACAAGGCAUCCAUUUUCUUCUUGUUCUUGGUUCGGACUUUUGCAUUAUUCUUUUUCUCUCAACGUCUUCAACAAUUUGGGAAGUGUUUCUAAGUACUCUAUUAUGUUGGACAAGAUCUUUUUAUAUAACUUGACAGCAAGAUUUGGUGGAACAGCACACAACUCCUGAUAUGUUGAUACAGAUAUGCUUGAAAUCUGAUGAGUUUGGUUUUUUCCUUUUUGUUUGAUUGUUUUCUCACUCCUUCUCUUGUUCAGUUUUGAGAUAGUCUUGCAGAGACUUGUCGAUGGUUUUAAUGAAAGAUAUGAUCCAUAAGGACUUGGCUGGGUUUUAUGAUGCGUUGCAAAUGCCUGGUUGGCAUCACAAUCUUUUACGAGGGGUGUCUCUUUGGUACGAGUCCGGUGCAGAUAUCAGAAUGAAUACACGAAUCUAUGCCUCCAAGAUGGU